AUGUUCAAAGGCCCCGUGGGAAUCCAAUCACUUUUAAAGGACGGCACUCAGAGCUACGCUGGUGUCGAUGAGGCCCUUUUGAAGAACAUGGAGGCCAGCAAAUACGUCUCCGAGAUAACCAGGACAUCACUCGGGCCUUGCGGUACCAACAAACUGAUUGUCAACCAUAUCAAUAAACACUUUGUAACCAGCGAUACUGCUACCAUGCUCAAGGAGCUCGACAUAUACCAUCCAGCAGCCAAAUUAGUAGUGAUGGCCGUUCAGGCUCAGGAGCAGGAGUGCGGCGAUGCCACUAAUUUGGUAUCGAUUUUGAUUGGUGAGCUUCUCGAGAACGCUGAGCAGCUGUUGAAGCAGGGCAUUCAUGCUUCGGAUAUAAUCCGUGGUUACGAGAUGGCUGGUGAUCGUGUGGUGAAGUACUUGAACGAUAACGACGAUUUGGUCGCGUAUACCCUAGGGGAUGUCAGAAGCGUAGAUCAGAUCAGUACUGCUAUCAAGUCUGUCCUGGGCGCAAAACAGUACGGGCUUGAGGACACUCUGACUCGUCUUGUCGCUUCUGCGUGUUGCUCGGUGAUGCCUGAGGACCCUAAGAAAUUCGACAUCGACAACAUUAGGGUGGCCAAGUUGCCCGGUUGCGGCAACAUUCAUAAUUCUUACGUUGUGGACGGUAUGGUCACUACCAGAGACACGAUGGGCAUCGAAAAGCACAAGAAGAACUGCAAGGUUGCCGUCUACGGCUGCGGCCUCGAGAUGACCGGCACUGAGACGCAAGGGACGGUACUGCUAGAGUCGGGCAAACAGCUGAUGGAUUUUGCUAAGGGGGAGGAGAAAAAGAUGGAGGAAUUUGUUCUUAGUUUGGUUGACGCUGGUGUUGAGGCCGUCAUCGUGGGAGGCUCUAUUCAGGAUAUUGCUCUCCAUUUCCUAAACAAACAUCAUAUCCUAGCCAUCAAAUGCACGUCUAAAUUCGAGAUGCGUCGUCUUUGCCGGACUCUUGGAGCUACGGGUAUCGUUCGGCUCGGUGCCCCCCUGCCUGAUGAGCUAGGUUAUGCUGAGAGCAUUGAUGUUGAGGAGAUCUCGAGUGCCAAGGUGACUGUCGUCCGAGCUGCAGACUCGAAGGUCUCUACUAUUGUCCUAAGGGGGGCUACUGGCAACUUCCUCGACGAGGUUGAACGCGCUAUUGAUGAUGCUGUCAAUGUGGUUCGAUGCUGUGCUGUGAAGGGUCAGAGGGAGUUCGUCGUUGGUGGCGGCGGAUGUGAGAUCUCUCUCAGCCUUGACGUUGCUGAGUUCGGUCAGGAAUGUUCCGGCCUCGAGCAAUACGCCGUUCUGAAAUUUGCAGAAUCAUUUGAAGUUGUUGCGAACAUCAUAGCUGAGAAUGCGGGUCUCAAUGCUAUGGAUGCCGUCACGAAGUUAAAGGCCGCUCAUGCUUCUGGUAAGAACAGAAUGUGUGUUGAUGUUGAUGCACCCAACCGACGAGCCUCCCCUAUUUGUGACGCUGUGUCCAAGUCCAUACUGGAUAAUCGCGGCAUCAAGUCCUGGGCUAUACGAUUGGCUAUUGACGCCGUGCUGACUAUCCUCAGAAUUCAGCACAUCAUCGUGGCCAAGCAGGCCGGUGGCCCUCAGACCAAGGUGAUACCAUUGUCGCGCAAACGGUUGCAUGCAUUAUUCGAUGUUUGA